AAAGACGGAUCUGCCUGUUGUUUUUAAAUUUGUUAACUUAUUUUCACAAUCGCCUUUAACCCGGUAAAUACUGCUGUUCAGUCAUCUGCUAAAGUUGAAUAGUGUGGAUUCAGAAAUGGCCUUAAAAACCUUAAAAAAUGUAGAUUCUAAGUGUAUGUUCAAAACAAUGGUCUUCGUGAAAAACAUUCUUCGACGACAAUUGACUAAUAAAUCAGCCACUAAGGCAAUUUUCGACUGGGAAGAUCCACUCAAUUUGGAAUCGAACCUAACCGAAGAAGAAAAAAUUAUUAGAGACCAAUUCCGUACCUACUGCGAAGAAAAAUUGAUGCCCAGAGUUAUUGAGGCAAAUCGACAUGAAAUUUUCCAUAAAGAAAUUAUGACCGAAAUCGGGGAGUUGGGAGUUCUGGGUUGUACCAUCCAAGGCUACAAUUGCGCUGGUGUUUCAAAUGUAGCUUACGGUUUGCUGACUCGUGAGGUAGAAAAAGUGGAUAGCUCCUAUCGUUCAGCUGUGAGUGUACAGUCGUCGCUAGCGAUGGGAGCUAUUUACAUGUAUGGGAGUGAAGAGCAAAAGCAACAAUAUCUACCUGCAAUGGCAAAAGGAGAACUGAUUGGAUGCUUUGGACUAACUGAGCCGAAUCAUGGAAGUGAUAUUGGGGGAAUGGAAACAAGGGGCAAAUAUGAUUCCGCUAGUAAAACUUACACGCUAAAUGGCAGCAAAACUUGGAUAACCAAUUCACCUUUGGCAGACUUGUUGAUAGUCUGGGGCCGAUGCGAAAAUGGCAAAGUUAGAGGUUUUAUCGUCAAUAGAAAAGAGCACGGACACGGAUUGAGCACACCGAAAAUAGAAGGAAAAUUCUCACUAAGAGCAUCAACGACUGGCAUGAUUCUGCUGGACAACGUGAAAGUGCCUGAAGAUCAUUUGCUGCCUAAAGCAGAAGGAAUGAGUGGGCCCUUUGGGUGUUUAAACAACGCUCGCUAUGGAAUAGCAUGGGGCGCUUUAGGCGCCGCUGAAAGUUGUCUGGGAGUGGCAAGGCAAUACACCCUGGAAAGGCACCAGUUUAACCGACCGUUGGCUCAGACUCAACUGAUGCAAAAAAAAUUAGCCGACAUGGUGACGGAAAUCGCAUUAGGCCUGAUUGGUUGCUAUCAAGUGGGUCGACUGAAAGACCAAAAUCUUCACACUCCAGAGAUGAUUUCGCUUUUAAAAAGAAACAAUGCGGGAAAAGCGCUAGAAAUUGCUCGAAUUGCUAGAGAUAUGCUAGGAGGAAAUGGCAUCCAAGAUGAGUACCAUGUAAUUCGGCAUGUAAUGAAUCUGGAAGCUGUUAACACCUAUGAAGGCACGCAUGAUAUCCAUGCUCUGGUUCUGGGCAGAGCCAUUACGGGACUAUCCGCAUUUUAAAUGAAUUAUGUCCUAUAAGUUACUGUUUCCAUAUACAGGCUGUCCCGUAAG